AUGGCCACCAACUUCCUGCCAGUCCUUUCUGCAGCUGAUGUGCAACGGGCUACCGAACUAAUCCAGCAAGCCUAUGCGCCACAAAACCACUUGUCGUCAGAAGACCAACGACGCCUUCAGCAAGAACUCUUUGAGAUUCAGAAACGGCAAGAAGCUUGGGGACUUGUACUCCCAUUUCUUUACCACGACGACCCUAAUGUCCAGUUCUUUGGAGCACAUACUAUACAAGUAAAAACCACUCGUGAUUGGGAAGGAUUCCCCCAAGAACAUGCACUACAAUUGCGAGAUAUGGUGGUUGAUCUGACGGGACGGCUUAUUGCGGCGGGGAGGAGCAAGGUGAUUUUGCGGAAACUGUUCGUCGCGAUCACGUCUCUCGCGCUGAAGCUUUGCCCUGGAACUCCGUCACGAUGGCCAGAUUGGCUCACGUACUGUGUGAAUACUAUGUCUAGUCUCGGCGGGACCACUGAGCAUAUCCUGGAUUUUCUCGCGAUUGUUGCGGAAGAGGUAGAGACCGCGGAUUUACUGCCUCCGAGUAAAGGACAAAUGCAACGAACGUUGCUAGAAUUCGUUCCAACAGUCGUGCAAGCAAUGUCAGCAUGUAUCGCAGGACCACAAAGUCAAAGUUCUCCGCACGAGAUGAUUUCUGCGCUCAAGUGCAUGCAAGCGUGGUUAGGUAUGAUGCCAGCAAAUGAUUUGACGCCGCUUAUCCCAGCCUUAAUUGCGCUUCUGAACCCAAUUGACGGAGAGUACCGUGAGGAUGCUUUCGUACUUGCAUCAGACACCUUUCAGGAGAUUAUGGCCAAAUCAGCUCUGUCUGAUGGUUCUGGGACGAAGACAUUGACGGAACCAUUGCUCCUAUGGUCUGACGCGCAUGGACGGAAGAUUAUCGAGGCUACAUUAAAUGGCGAACUCCUUGUUGCACUCGGGGAACACUCCACCUUGUACCUAGCAGCAAAUAUCGCCUCUCUGAAGGUGGUAUCCCCCUCCCCGCCUCCUCCUUUGCCUACGACACUUCCAUCUCCCAUCCUGCCGACCAAAUCACAUCUUGUGCAAACAUUCUUGCGUUUAAUUCUGGCAUACACCGCCCUUCCCGGCUACUACGCCGUCGAUGAGGAGGAGAGCGAGCUUACUCUUGGCUUUUGGUACCUUUUCCAAGAGGCGCUUUGGAGCGCUGAAUACGAGCAGGAUUUCGAGUAUACGGAUGGUGAAGCUGUCGGUGCACCUGGUGGAACUCUGAAAGAGGAGCAAGCACACUUUCGUGUCGCAAAAGCUGUUUACUCGGAGCUUGUGCAGAUUUUAAGACGGAAAGUUGUGUGGCCCAAUCCAGUGGCAUUGCGUGGAUGGCCUAGAGACCAGAAAGAAAAAUUCCAAGUGUAUCGGCGUGAUGUUGGUGAUACACUCGUUAAUGCUUACUACAUUUUGCGCGAUGAUUUGUUGGGAUUCUAUGUCAAUGACAUAUUAGAGCGCCUUGCCUCAAGGCAAGAACAUGAUGGAUGGGAGGAGAUAGAAGGGAGUCUACACUGUAUCAUGGCCGUACAAGAGGCUGUACCUAUUGAAUCAAACCUGCAUCUGACACGACUCUUCGGCCCCGAUGUGCUAGGCCGUCUUCCUGUCUCUAAAGGCGAUCGCAUUCGACGUACCGCGUUGUCCUUGAUCGGAUCCUAUGCAUCAUGGUUUACCAAGCAGUCUGAGCAGUCCGGGUCUGCUCUGCUCAUGAACUCGGUUUCGUACGUAGUGUCUGCUCUUCCAGAUCCAUCUCUUUGUCUACCUGCUGCGAAUGCCCUCCGCGACCUUUGUGACGCAAAUCGGGAAGCGCUUGCGCCUCAUAUCGGCGCAUUUGCUGAACUACAUGCCACACUCAGUGGCAUUCCAGAAUCCGAACAGAGCAAAGUGCUGCAAUCAAUUGCUAGUGUCAUUCAGGCUCUGCCGCCUGCAGACGCUAUCCCUCCAAUUGAGGCAAUUGUUAACCCAGUUGUUCAAAAGCUGUACAAUGCUCUACAGACAUCCCAGGAGCUUCCGGAUGAAGCGCGGAUUAUCGCACUCCAACAGCUUGAGACUAUAUCUGGAGUCGCGCGAGGUCUCACCCGUUCGACUGACUCUCUUCUGAUAUUCGACGACGCACCAGAAGUACAGGAAGAGGCAAGGCAAAUGAGACUGGCAAGAGAAGACCCACGGAUGGUCAAGCUGCGAGAUGCUAUCCUCGAUGGAAUUAGGAGGAUAGUUGGCCUCUGGUCUACUGAUGCCAGUGUAUGCGAUGCGCUGAGCGAAGUAUUCAAAGCGAUCACCUCAUUGCCAUCAGAUGUCACUUUGUUGUCUUUGCCUCCUGGACCACUACUCGAAGUGAUAUGUCUGGCAUCACAAAAGCAACUCACAGCUGUUUGGCUCAGUCUGGCCACUAUGCUAAUAAUUCAACUUGAUCCUCCUACACUGGUUCCAACCACCUUCAAACCGAUCCCUGGUGGGGAAGCCGAUGGCAUUGUUCUGAGCGUCCUUGCGAUACUCUUACAGACGGCUCUGAGCUUUCUGGGCCAACCCGGAACAAUGGAAGCGAACCCCGACAUUGUCCAAUCAUUCUUCAGUUGCAUGGAUACGAUUGCGCAACAUUUCAUCACAACGUUUUAUCGACUGCCUUCGGAUUUGUUCAAUGCGCUCAUGCAAUGCGCAAUCACCUCAGUAGGACUGCAGGAGCGAUACUCUCUCGUUUCUGCGUGUUCGUUUCUGUCGUCGCUAAUAAAUCGAACCUGCACUACGGAUGAACUCAGCGAGGCAAAAAUCAUGCUCGCGCAAACGCACGGCCGUUCCAUUAUCAAGGUCAUCAUGAGCGGCUUUGCUGGAAUGGCUCCUCGGACGGCUACCCAGAACCUCAUAGAGCUGCUGUCGGUGUUCGUGACCCGAUUCCCUGCGGAAACUCGGACCUGGAUGACGGACGUCCUCCAUGCGGAGGACUUUGCGCAAUCUCGCGCGACUGUCGAAGCCAAAGAGAAAUUCGUGAAGACGAUCUUCGGGUCCCGCUCCGUGAAACGUAUUAGGGAGGCCGCUCAACAAUUUACUCUUGUUGCAAGGGGUCUCGAAGGAACCAGCUUCGGAUAUAGCUCAAUGACAAUGUGA